AUGCAUCGUGUUGGGGCAUUGAUAGGAAAUCAGUGGGUGCGAAGAUUUUCUAGUAAUUCAAUAUGCUCUGCGCGCAAUCCAUGGCUGUUGAAGCAGCCUUUCGACCGUCUAUCGAAACUUAUGCCUUCGGUACCUCACCAUGUGUUAGAAGUUGUUCAUAACUCUAAUGGUGAAAUACCGCUUAACGACGAACAACGAACAACGAUGUUAAAUUAUCUCACAAGUCAAAAGACAACCAUGACAGGGUUUGACAAGUCCAUUUUUUUAAAAUAUCUGAGCGGAAAGAAAGAGUAUGAUGUAGUGGUAGCGAUGGGUCAGCAUCACUUGUUUGACGGUGAGGGGAACUAUUACUCGGAAUGUGCCAUCACACACUUAAUUUAUUAUUAUGAUGCAUUGAUUCGGACUGGACAGGUUGAAAAAUUAGCAACUGAGGCUUCGAAAUUUAUUUCUCAAUUCUCCAUAAACAGGCAAGGGUCUACGGUUUAUGUUAUUAACUACAUUUUUUCCCUACUUUUUAAAUUCAAUUCACCAGAAACGGCUCUAUACAUUUGGACAAAAUUGGUUAGAGUAUAUUAUGGCCACAAUGAAUUAACAAAUAUUAAUAUUCACUGGCCAUUCUUGAGUCGUUUAUUCUAUUUCUUCAAGGCUAAUGAGGAAUCCCAUCGUUGCUUAACGCAUCUUUUAAAACGUAUAGAAAUCGAGGAUAGCAAAAUACAAGCAUCUCAAUUAGCCUCGACUUUGAUUACUUUCUUUGCUCACGUUAGAUGGUUCGGAGAAGUAAACAGAAUAUGGCAAUGGAAAGUUGACCGGAAUCUACCAAUCAUAGCGUCUGAUCUUACUGCAGCCAUGAGAAGCAGGUCUCAUUUCAAAGAUUGGGAUGAGGUCAUUAGACUUCAUAAUACGUAUUCACUUGCCCACGACGACUAUAAUCAAUUUGAUUAUGUAUUAGUUGCCUUAGCUAAAAAACAGGACUGGGAAAAACUAAAAACGCAAUUUGAUAUGUUAUUCGGAAUUGGAGAGUUACCUACUGUGAAUCAUUAUGGUGUUAUUAUGUAUGCUCUUUCCCUUCAUGGUGAAUUGGAUCUAGUGGAGAGAUUACAUGGCCAACUUCUAAGAAGGAAUAUGUCACCGAAUUAUGCGGUGCUUUUAUCCAUUAUUAAUGCACACUAUAAAGCAGGCGAUAAUAAUGGAGCGAUCAGAGAAUUCGCAUUGUUCAAGAGAUAUAACAUCCGCCCCACCAGUAAAACCUAUCUUCUCAUGUUAAAAGCCUAUAAGAAAAUGGGAUCCUUAGACUCUUGUUUCAGAAUACUGAAGACAAUGAGUGCUGAAGAUGUUCCAAUCUAUGAAACUCACUUUAACAUUAUCAUAGAUUUGUGUGAUAGAUAUAACAACUAUCCAGUUGCAGAAGAACUUUUCAAUGUUAUGAUAAGUGAUUACUCCAUUCAGCCAACAGGAAUGACAGUUUCAACGCUUGCAAGAGUGUUUUUGCACUCCAAUCGCCAUGAGAAAGCUUUAAAGCUAUUGGAAAAGUACGAAAGCCCAAAACUCUCGGAUAACUAUAAAAUAUUACAAAUGAAGAUUGCAUAUUUUGAUCACAUUGGAAAACCAGAGAAGGCAGAAGACUUGAUCAGACUGUAUAUUCAGCAGAAGUAUCAAGCUAAUUACAACUUUUAUCUCAUUUUGUUAAAACAUUUAGUCUGCUUUAGACGAGAUUAUUCUUCGGCGGAAAAAGUACUCUCUGAAUUACUUAAAUCUAAAAGUCAACAAUCGAGCCCCAAUCAUUUUAAUAUUUUGCUUGAAGAAUAUGACAGAGUAGGUAAUGUAGAAGGAAGUUUAUCUAUCAUCUCCAAAUUGGUUGAUAACGGAAUCACCAUGAACUCAAAAACUUUGUACUUCUUAGUGAAAUCAAGAUUUAAUCUCCACCGAAAACGGGGGGAAUCUUAUGAAAACUUAAUACCAUGGUUGGAAGAAGUAUUAGACAACAUAGCCAAGAAAAAGCUAAACUUCAAUUCCCCUUCUAUUCACCCAUCUGUCAUUACAUGGCCAAUGAACUUUCUCUCAAGAAAGGAUGAUCCAUCAAGAGCUGUAGACAUCUUCGCCAAGUAUGUUAAAACAUUCUAUCCUUUUUCAAAGGAGUAUAAUGAAAAGCUCGUAGUUUUAAGAGCUUUAAUGGUUUUUUCAGCUGAAAGUGAAAGAUGGGAUGACUUUGAUGAAUUAUUCGAACGUUAUAAAAAGAGAGUUAAAUUCUAUCAAACACAAUCUAGUGCUGUGGUUCGUAACUCUAACCUAAAAUCUGCCUUUGUUGGAUUAUUCAAAUACCAGAUUCAAAGAUUGUGCGAUAGAAACGAAAUACCAUUACUUCCUGGUUUGAUUCAUGAAAUAGAGGAUCUAGGUUGUAUCCUCAGUAAUUCAGAAUGGAAUGAAGCUAUAUGGAAAAUGAUUAGAAGGCAUUCAACCUUUGAUUUUGCAAUGAAAAAAUUGAACGGUGUCUUCAUUUCAGGAUAUACUUGGAUCCAUAGAGCCAGGAAUUUGAAAAAACAGGAAAAGUUAGGCCUUUCUAGGGGAAAUACUUCCUCGGAACUUAGCCAAAUAAGCAACAAAAAGGUUCAUCUAUUCUUAUCGAGCGAUAAAUAUGAAUUGGUUAUGGCGCAAAUCGACAAGCAUUUGCGUUUCGAUCCAGACAGUCUCGAAACAGAACUUAAAAGACUAAUUACAGAAUACCCAUACGUGAUGAAACAGUACCUAAGGAAACCUAGGACACGAGUCACUAAUUGGGAAUUAAUCGAAGAAAAACACUUUUCAUUCUUACAAAAACUAAGACACUCUCAUGAAAUAAUCCCUGUAGAAGAAUUCUAA